AUGGGUAUUCCAUUCCCUGACAUUGACCCGUACGAAAAAUUAGGGGUAUUGAAGGACUCUAGUCCCCUAGAGAUUAAAAAAACAUAUAAAAAGCUUUGUCUUAAAUACCAUCCUGAUAAAUUACGACAGAACAACAACGAAAAUGACAAAGAUAAACAACAAGAAAUGUUCACCAAAAUACAAUUUGCAUUCAGUAUAUUAAAUGAUCCAGCGAAAAGGAAGAGAUAUGAUAAUACAGGAUCUUUAGCAGAUUAUGAUUUAGACGAUGAAGGGUUUGAUUGGAAGGAUUAUUUCGAAUCCAUUAAUGAAAAAAUAACAGUUGAGAUGGUUGAAGAAGACAGAUUGAAAUAUCAAGGUUCAGAAGAAGAAAAAUACGAUAUUUUAAACAAUUUCAUUUAUUAUGAUGGAGAUUUUCUUAAAUUAUUUGAAUUGAUUCCACAUUUAGAGUUCACCGAAUCAGAAGAACAAAGAGUUUACAAGAUUAUUGAUAAAGAGUUGAAUAAUUUACAAGUCAAUGAUAGUGUACGAAAAUCAUGGGAGAAAUAUACCAAAUCAAGAAAAACUAAAGUGAAACAAAUGUUAAAGAAGUUAGCUAAAGAAGCUAAACAAGCAGAAGAGUUACAGCAACUACUUAAGAAUAAACCUAAAAAGGAUCAAGACUUGACUAGUUUAAUUAAAAGUCGUCAAGCAAAUCGAUUAGAUGAUUUAAUUAAUAAUUUGGAAAGUAAAUAUAAGGAUAAAAAGGGGAAGAAGAGAUCUCCUAAAGAUAUAGAUGAAGAUGAAUUUGAAAGAAUUCAAAAUGAAAUUAUAAAGAAAAAGAAGUAA